AUGAUCGUGAUUUAUUCAAACAAAGCUUGUGAAACUGCAUUAUUUUUUCGGAAAUAUUCUGUCAAUGGUAUACAUUACAAACUGUUUUUUUUUAAAUCCGAUUUCUUGUUGUUUCAGCAUAUGGCCAAUGCGAUUUUGCUGGUGACAGCCAACAUUCUGGGACUGACUUCCUAUUUAGUGGAAGACAAACAACAAAGGAAGGCGUUCCUUGAGACUAGACAAUCCUUAGAAAAAUACCAUCAGCUGCGAAUAAAAAUACUAGGAGACUGCUAUUACUGCAUUAGUGGUGCUCCAAAAGAGAGACCUGACCAUGCAGUAUUAUGUGUUCAUAUGGGGUUAUCAAUGGUAAAAGCAAUCAAGUAA